AUGGCACCGCGUCUGGGGCUCUUUCUGAUUUGGGCUGGUGCGCCUGUGUUUCUACAACUGCACCCUGUGACUGGAGAUGAGCCGCCGCCGGAUGUGUACGACCUUCCCGAAACGCCCACUACAACUUUGUCUUACACCAUUGCUGGUGCUCAAGUGGAGAAGCCGCAUGAGGACAACAGUCCUCCAUGUGCUUUCCCAUUCACCUAUAGACGCAAAAUGUAUUAUAAGUGCACGUCGGUGAAUUCCGAAAGAGAAUGGUGCUCUCUUGAUGAAGAUUAUGUAGGAAGAUGGAAAAUCUGUAGUGAUGGAGACCGUCCCAAAUGUCAUUUCCCCUUUAUAUAUCGCGAUAAACGAUAUUUCCGUUGCACAACAGAAGGGAGUGCUUAUGGUUUAGCUUGGUGUUCACUCACUGAAUACUUUGAGCGAGAAUAUGCUUGGCAGUACUGCGACUGGUAA